AUGUCCCCCAAACCCCAUCCCCCAAGUCACGCCCAGAGCUAUUAUGUCGCGACAACCGCCAGCCGCGACUUUGCCUGGCUAUCAUGGUUAGCUGCCGCCCCACGCCCACCGAAGUCGAAACUACUCCAAGUCGCAAAUGCGAACGGUUUGGCAGCUGGUUCCAAGGGGCAGAGGCCUGCCAGACCAAAGACACCGCCGCUGGGAACGGCGACUGAAAAGGUCGAGGAGGCCUAUGACAUGAAGAGUGAGGGGAGGGUUUCUAGGGAGCGAUUUGUUGUUGAGGAGAAUGCGACCGUGAGCGUUGAGGGUGUUGAUGGUGUUGACAGGGGAGUGGGUGUCGAGCAGAGCGCUGAAGGGAUUGAUACUUCGACGAUGGCAUGGAAUGCUGCUGCUACUGUUGACAAUAAGCACGACUAUGCUGAGUCCGGCCCGGAAGCCGUUCCCAUCCUCAAAGCUGAUGUUCCUGAGGCUAAGGCUUUUGAUGCCAAUCCUGUGGUCGGCGACGCUGAUACUCUCAUGAAGCCGGACACCAAGCCUGAGCUCACAACGCACGCCGAAUUUUCUGACAAGUCAGCCCCGUCCAAACCCAAGUCCAAGCCUGAGAAGACAAAGUCAAAGGACGAGGUCAAGCCGAAGUCCAAGACCAAACUUGUCGUCAUGUCCGUGCGGUCGUCCUCCAAGGCAUCCUCAUACAAGAAAUCAAAAUCCUCCAAACAACAACACGGUCCCUGGUCAGAGUGGUACGUCAGCGAAGACAGGAAGUACCUCUGGCGGGCGAGGCAGACACCAAACAAAAAAUGGGAUUAUGAACGCAAGCUCAGCCCCAACCCGCACUCACCCCCCAUCCAAGCUCAGAACCCGCCACAGAUACAGAUCACCAUUUCCCCUGCGACUAGUGGCUCCCUUUCUCUUAUCGAUCACGAUCCCGACCCUGUCAUUCCCGCACCCCCUCCCCAGAAGCAUUCUCGUCUGGCGGACUCAAGCCAAGCCCAACACCCAGCCUAG